AUGACUGUCAACAGCUCCACACCUCCAAAGCAACUAAAAGUCGCCAUCGUCGGCGGUGGCCCAGGAGGCUUAGCAACCGCCAUCGCGCUCUCCAAAGUGCCCAAUGUUGAAGUCAAGCUAUACGAGAAAGCCAAACUGCUCCGCGAGGUCGGUGCGGGCAUCAAUAUCGGACCCAAUACAUGGAACGUCCUGGAGCUGCUCGGAGUGGCGGAUACGCUUACCAGUGGACAUCCGAUAUCAGCUGUUCUCAACGUAAAUGGACGGACGGGAGAAGAAAUCUACAAGUUUGAAAGAGAUAUCAGUGUGAAAAGACCUGCAAUUCGCACACAGCGUACGAAGCUGCAGUCUACGCUGCUCGCCCAUGUGGCGCCAGGAGUGAUUCAGUUGGCGAAACAACUGUUGGAAAUCAUCGACAAGGGAGACGAUGGUGUUGUCUUGGGUUUUGCGGACGAGACGAAGGAAAGGGCCGACUUGGUUGUGGGGGCUGAUGGGAUUCGUUCCGUCGUCCGCGACUGUGCCUGGCCCGACUACGAGAUCAAAUUUACCGGCACUACCAUCUGGCGGGCUCUCCUCCCGCGCCGCGCACUUGUAGACCAGGACCCUCGGUUCGAUAUCACGGGAUGGUGGCACCUGCCAAAUUCUCAUGUAUACUUCUCUCCCGUGGGCGAGGGCCUCAGCGAGAUCGCGGCUCGGGAGUACCAGGACCCGGCCGUCCACGGUGCUAGUAAGGUGGUCUGGGGGGUUCCGGUGACGAAUGAACAUGUUGAGUCACAUUUCAAGUCCUACCUCCCCCAAAUCCAACGAGCCCUCCAGUCCAUCCCCCAAGGAUCCUGGCGCGAAUUCGCUGCCUUCGCUGGCCCUGAGCUCUCUAGCCUCACAUCCUGGUCCCACAAAAUCGUCCUCGUAGGUGACUCCUCCCACGCCUUAUCCGGUGCGUUCGGCUCCGGCGCGGGCUUCGCCAUGGAAGACGGGUGGGUGCUUGCGCAAACCCUGUCUUAUUUCCGUAAUGACUUGCGCAAGGCCUUGUCUCUGUUCGAUGAGAUACGGCUUCCUUAUUAUCACCGCAUGUAUGAGCACCUUGAUGCGAUGGCGCGGGGCCGACGCACGAGGUUGGAAGAGUUGGAGCGGGAGGGGACAGAUGCAGAGGAGGAGAGGGUGAGGAUUAAAGCGAUAAGGGAGGGUGAGGAUAUGGAUUGGAUUUAUAGGAAUGAUAUUGGAAGGGUUUGGGAACAGAUUGUGAGUAGGCUGGAGAAUGUGAAUGGGGGAAAGGAAUAG